UUAUUUUUUCAUCCUCAGUUUACACACAUCUUUGUGUUUAUACAGUAGAACACAAUAUUAUACAUGUAAAAUCGUAUUUUGCUGGUUAAUGCAGAUGAUUUCGGAGCUGUACGCGCUGCCGUAACAGGUUCGAAAGCCACAUUUUACAGAACUGUAGCACAACGUUUUGAAUUCAGCGCUAUUCACCGCAGGGCGGCAGGACUGGAUGCAGUCACUGAAGCCGAUGGCGCUCUGAUACUCGGGGGGGACUCUCCGGCGGUCAGGAGGCACUGCCGGCCCGUGAAGUCGGGACAGUCGUAGACCACGAACGUCCCGAUCUCCACCCUGCAGGAGCUGCACCAGCUCAGAUCAUAUUCUACGAGGACCGCAACUUCCAGGGUCGCUCCUACGAGACCAGCAAUGACUGCCCGGAGCUCACCUCCUACCUGAGUAGGUGUAACUCCUGCAGGGUUGAGAGCGGCCUUUUCAUGGUGUACGAGAAGCCCAACUUCAUGGGCCAUCAGAUGCUGGUGAGGAGGGGCGAGUACCCGGACAACCAGCACCUGAUGGGAAUGAGCAUGAGCGACUGCAUCAGGUCCAGCCGCAUGAUCCCCACGUACAGGGGACCUUACCGAAUGAGGAUCUACGAGAGGGAGAACUUCGGAGGCCAGAUGCACGAGCUGAUGGACGACUGUGACAACAUGAUGGAUCGCUUCCGCAUGUCCGACUGCCAGUCCUGCAACGUGAUGGACGGCCACUGGCUGAUGUUCGAGCAGCCCAACUACAGAGGCAGGAUGAUGUACCUCAGGCCAGGGGAGUACAGGAACCUCAGAGAUAUGGGGAUGAGUGACAUGACAAGGUUCUGCUCCAUCAGGCGCAUCAUGGACUGUUAACUCAAACUGCAAUGUACUAAGUGAAAAAAAAAAAAUAAAACCAGCUGAAAUCCAACA